AUGCCGUCCAGAGUCAUCCGCGGCGUCUCCGACAUCCCCACCAUCUCCCGCCUCUACGCGACCAACCGCCUCUCACCACCACCAACCACCACCACCCCCCUCCGCACGCCCUCCGCCUCCCUCAACAGCCGCAUCUCCCUCCUCCGCGCAGACAUCACCACCCUCCCCGUCGACGCCAUCGUCAACGCCGCGAAAAACUCCCUCCGCGGCGGCGGCGGCGUCGACGGCGCAAUCCACUCCGCCGCCGGCCGCGGCCUCGUCCACGAGUGCCUCACCAAGUACCCCGGCGGCUGCAAGACGGGCGACGCCGUCGUCACCGGAGGCCACGGCCUGCCCGCCAAGCACGUCAUCCACACCGUCGGCCCCGUCUACCAGAACCGGACCGUCAGCGAGCCCCUGCUCCUCAGCUGCUACCAGACCUGCCUCGACGCCGCCGUCGACACCGAGUGCGCUACCGUGGCCUUCAGCGGCAUCAGCACCGGCGUGUACGGCUACCCCAGCGAGGCGGCGGCUCACGUGGCCUGCAGAGCCGUCAGGGACUUUCUCCAAGGGGACCACGACGAGGACAGCAGGUUUGAGCGUGUCAUCUUUGUUACCUUUUUGGAUAAGGAUGUGAAGGCGUACGAUGCCGUGUUGCCCCUCUAUUUCCCUCCUGAUGAAGGAGAGCUGCCUCAGUCAAGCACCGACUAA